AUGGGAAGACAACCUUGCUGUGACAAGAUAGGACUCAAAAGGGGUCCUUGGACAAUAGAAGAAGAUCAUAAGCUAAUGAAUUUCAUCCUCAACAAUGGUAUACAAUGCUGGCGCCUUGUACCAAAACUAGCAGGGCUAAUGAGAUGUGGGAAGAGCUGUAGAUUAAGGUGGAUAAAUUAUCUAAGGCCAGACCUCAAAAGAGGAGCACUCACAGAAGCAGAGGAAGACAUGAUCAUCAAGCUUCAUUCUCAACUUGGCAAUAGGUGGUCAAAAAUAGCCGCGCAUUUUCCAGGGCGCACAGACAAUGAAAUCAAGAAUCAUUGGAAUACAAAGAUCAAAAAGAAGCUAAAAUUUCUUGGCUUAGACCCUUUGACACACAAACCCAUUGAGCAACCUGAUCCUAAAAAUGAUGAUAUUAAGCAGCAACUUUCUUCAGAAAAUGAAGAGAUUAAUGAGAAGGGGAAAUUGCCUGAAACCUUACCUACAUUUGACUAUCCACAGGAGCAGCAAAAUAUUCAAAAUUCAACAUCUAGUUCCAGCUUAAAUGAAAUGACAGAGAGUUCGGAAAUGGGGUCAAGUGAAAUAUUCCAAAAUUUGGGGACAUUUUCAAGGGACUUGUAUAAUCCAGGAGUAGAAGAUCCUUUCCAAAAUUGGAUUGGUAGUCCAAUUCGUUGGGAUCUUUUCGACAACCUAGAAGAUAAUUUCCUAUGAGGAACAGAAAUUUUGAUUUAGAAUUAUUCCCUUGCUUGCAGUUAUGUUGGCCUUCAAAUAUAUCGUGACAUCCGUGUUGAAUCUUUCGAAAAUGCUUAG